AUUAGAAAAUAAAAACGAAUAAAGGCUCUCUCUGCAGAGAAAGUUAAAGAAGUCGAGAUUUGGAGGUUUUUAAAGAAGUAUUCGACUGAGAUUUGGUGUCUCGAUCCACCGCCCAAAGGUUCACCAAUUGGAAAUACAUCAGGCCAACAGGAUCUUUCGAAAGUUCAGAUAUAUAAAGUUCUAUAUGUUUGCAAUAUGGUUAGCAGAAGCUAAACCUUUAUGGAUGGAAGGUGGUAUUCAAGCAAAUUUUUAAUUUUUUUUUCUUCGGUAUAACGGGCCUAGCUCAAUAAAAAGCUCAGUCAGAAGCCUGAAAUCAAUUUGGUUCAUGGGUAAGGCCUGGGCCCGAUCAUUCGUAUUAAAAUGGUCCAAGGAUGGAAGCAUUCGCCAGUUCUUGCAAUGCUAUCAUUUCCUAAUCCACGGUGCCUGCCUGCCUGCAAUCUGUUCUUGAGUUUUUCUCUCUCCGAACCAAAUGGAAUGUGCUGAGCAGAGGAGAUGCAGAGAGAUGGCCGAAGCGUCUACCUUUUACCGUGCAGUGUACUCAGAGAUAGAGGAGGUUGGAUGGGAGCAUCUGGUGAGGUUCGGUGGAGAUCUAACAUCUCUCAGCUUUCGGAUCUUAGAUGGCAAGGGGAGAAUGCGUAUUAUUGAGAUUCAAUUGGAUAAAACCCAUCCUAAAUGCCCUCCUUCAAUUUCAGCAGAUGUACCAUAUAUGUUUGAUUUAAAAUGGUCAACACACUCAAGAUUGAAAGAUGUGGUGCAGCAGUUUAAAAAGCAUCUGGAGAAGCUUCAGGCAUUUUGGUCUACUUUGGAUGAUAUUGACAGGUCCCUUUGGGUUGUUGAUCCUAAACAAGCAUCUCCUGCUGUAUCCUAUCGCCAGAUCAAUAUGGGAAAUGAUUGCUUCAUUGUGUUGUCUAUUAAUGCCUUUGAUCCUAGAUCUUUACCAGAAUGUCGUUUUAUUGGUUCAGGUCCAAUUGUGAACUUGUUGAGAAAUAGAUGGCGAAGAAAUAGCAAAAGAUGGAUAAAAGACAAACAAUUUCUAGAAAAUCUUAAAUGUCUUUUGGAGACUCAACUGCCAAUUCCCCCUGAUGUCCAGAAGAAUGAGCAGCAAGUUGAAUGCGGAAUUUGUUAUGCUCAGAGUCUUCCAAUUGGUCAUUUGAUGUUCUAUUUGGAAGUUGUCCAUACUGCUCAGAACCAGUUGCGGUGAAAAUUGACAGCAUGAAGAAGUAGACCAUCAGGUUGCCUCUCUAUGGAAUGCAGCAAACCACGUUUUGUUGAGGUACAUUUGCACUAUUCUUCUUGUGGUGGUCCUAAUCCAUGCUACUAGUACUAACCAACCAAGUCAGAGAAGAUGUGCCAUUCCAAACAAACUUUUUAAUCCCUCAAUUAUCAAUUAUCACAGAAUGGCCCCUCAUUUGAAUGCCCAUUAUCGAUCUGGUUGGGAUUUGGGGUCCCUUGUUAUUUAGGCCUCCCCACAUCAUUAUGAAAAUGUUGCGAUUUCUUUCGAUUCAACAUAUACAACCAGUUGUAGGCAAGAAAAAUUCAGCGACCUAUUGAUUGUUUGCUUGCGGGUUCUACACUUUAUGUUGUAAGAGCUCGAUGCAGUUGGAUGCUUUGCCCUGCUGUUUUCAAUUUGUCAAUUUUGCUUUCUUCAUGUUGGAUUUGAACUUUUUUUGUUGAUUGACUAUAUGGAGAUCACCCAAAUGGAUAUUGGUGGAUUA